UGGUCUAAUGGUGAGAGUUGUUGGCUGCUCUUCCUUGGGAAUUGAAAACGUAAACUUUAGGGCAAGAUUUAACAAAACGUAAAUUUAUAGGAAUAUUUUAGUAAAUAACCAAUAGUUUAUUAUUUGAUUAUUAAAAUCCAUUGUUGCCACAUGCUUCACAUAUGAAGUCGGAGAAGCUGCUGUAACUCUGUGAGUGAGUUCGCGCAGGAAGAAAGAAGAAAGAAGAAAUAAAUCUCAUCAUCACGAAGUUAUUUGAUCAUAAUGUGGAGGCUUAAAAUCGCCGAAGGAGGAAACUCGUGGCUUCGGACAACAAACAAUCACGUCGGAAGACAAGURUGGGAGUUCGACCCCAAGCUUGGAACGCCGGAGGAGAUUAUGGAGGUUGAGAAGGCUCGAGAAGGUUUCCAGAAGCGUCGGUUCGAGAAGAAGCAUAGUUCAGACCUUCUGAUGAGGAUUCAGUUUGCAAAGGAGAAUCCGCAAAGCACAAUCUUACCUCAAGUUAAAGUAAAAGAUUCAGAAGAUGUUACUGACGAGGCUGUGAAAAUCACUUUGAAAAGGGCUAUCAGUUUCUACUCGACCAUCCAGGCACAUGAUGGACACUGGCCAGGGGACUAUGGUGGCCCUAUGUUUCUAUUACCUGGAUUGAUAAUUAUCCUAUAUAUAACAGGAGCACUGAAUGCAGUCUUGUCAAAAGAACAUCAACGUGAGAUGUGCCGUUAUCUUUACAAUCAUCAGAAUGAAGAUGGUGGUUGGGGUUUACACAUUGAGGGCCCAAGCACCAUGUUUGGUACUGCUCUGAACUAUGUUACUUUGAGGUUGCUUGGUGAAGGGACUGAUGAUGGAGAAGGAGCGAUGGAAAAAGGGCGCAAAUGGAUUCUUGACCAUGGUGGUGUCACUGCAAUAACUUCAUGGGGGAAAAUGUGGCUCUCUGUACUUGGAGCAUUUGAAUGGUCUGGGAACAAUCCACUACCUCCUGAGAUAUGGCUGCUCCCUUAUUUUCUUCCUUUCCAUCCAGGAAGAAUGUGGUGUCACUGCCGGAUGGUUUAUUUGCCAAUGUCAUAUUUAUAUGGGAAGAGAUUUGUUGGUCCAAUAACACCAACAGUUUUAUCUUUGAGAAAAGAGUUAUAUACUGUACCCUAUCAUGAAGUAGAUUGGAAUCAAGCAUGCAAUCUAUGUGCAAAGGAGGAUCUGUACUACCCACAUCCACUAGUACAAGACAUUCUAUGGGCAUCUCUUCACAAGGUUGUUGAGCCCAUUCUCAAGUGUUGGCCAGGAAAAAGGUUGAGAGAGAAGGCUCUUCUGACUGCAAUUCAACAUAUACACUAUGAAGAUGAUAAUACACGAUAUGUAUGUAUAGGACCUGUAAACAAGGUGCUAAAUAUGCUUUGCUGCUGGGUGGAAGAUCCAAACUCAGAGGCAUUCAAAUUGCACCUCCUGAGAAUCUAUGAUUAUUUAUGGCUUGCUGAGGACGGAAUGAAAAUGCAGGGUUACAAUGGAAGUCAAUUAUGGGACACCGCUUUUGCUGUUCAAGCAAUUAUCUCAUCUAGCCUUAUAGAAGAAUAUGGUCCAACCCUUAAAAAAGCACAUGAAUACAUUAAAAAUUCACAGGUUCUAGAAGACUGCCCUGGUGAUCUAAGUUACUGGUAUCGUCAUAUUUCUAAAGGUGCAUGGCCUUUUUCAACUGCUGAUCAUGGAUGGCCCAUCUCUGACUGCACAGCAGAAGGAUUGAAGGCUGCUCUCUUAUUAUCAAAAUCUCCACCUGAAAUUGUUGGUGAACCAUUAAAUGCAAAGCGGUUAUAUGAUGCUGUAAAUGUCAUUCUCUCCCUACAGAAUGGACAUGGUGGCUUUGCAACCUAUGAGCUUACAAGAUCUUACCCUUGGUUGGAGUUAAUCAACCCAGCUGAAACUUUUGGUGACAUUGUUAUUGAUUACCCUUAUGUAGAAUGCACCUCAGCAGCAAUUCAAGCAUUGACAUUGUUCAAGAAAUUAUAUCCAAGGCAUCGGCAAGAAGAAAUAGAAAUUUGUAUAAAAAGAGCUGCUAACUUCCUUGAAGGGAUACAAGCAAGUGAUGGUUCAUGGUAUGGUUCUUGGGGAGUCUGCUUCACCUAUGGAACAUGGUUUGGGAUAAAAGGGUUGAUAGCUGCUGGCAGAACCUUCAAAAAUAACUCUAGUAUUCGUAAAGCUUGUGAUUUUCUGUUGUCUAAACAGCUUGCUUCAGGUGGCUGGGGAGAGAGUUACCUUUCCUGUCAGAACAAGGUGUACACAAAUCUUGGGGGAAACAAAGCACACAUAGUAAAUACUGGAUGGGCCAUGUUGGCUCUCAUCGAUGCUGGCCAGGCUGAGAGAGACCCAAUACCAUUGCACCAUGCAGCAAGAUCAUUGAUAAAUUCCCAAAUGGAGAAUGGUGAUUUUCCACAGGAGGAAAUCAUGGGUGUCUUCAAUCGGAAUUGCAUGAUCACCUAUGCCGCCUACAGGAAUAUUUUCCCAAUAUGGGCACUAGGAGAAUACCGCUCUCGUGUACUUCAGGCUCAUUGAAAUAUCUAUAUUUAUGAAUGCCAUUUUCAACUUGUGACCACUUUGGAUUUUAAAUUUUCUUUAUAUAUGUCAUUUUUUUUUUUUUUGUGAACAUUCUGUUUACUUCUACAAAAUAACCAUCGUUUUACGUAACGUUUGAGACAAAUUCUUGGCUUAAUUUGGAUCGCAGGUUGGAUUUGGAUUCUA